UGAGGGCAUACGGGCUGGGUAGAGCGUGGGCGUGGGCGGGCUCCCUCAGGCACGUGUCGUUGGUCUCCUGGUACCCUGACCAGCGCUCGGCCACCUUUGGGGUACCCGCCCCACGGCGGCGGGGAGGAGUCUGACCUCGGCCGCAGGUACCGUCUGCGAGUCAUGCCCAUGCUGUCCGCGGAUCAGCCCGACCCGGUUUCGAUGUUGGAGAUUCAUGGAGACGCUUGUAGAGGCCGGGUUGGGACCGUGAGUUUUGAGCUGGGUGGCGAGAGCCGACGAUGCGGGGAGAAAGAUCAGGUGUGAGAACCAAGGCAUGCCAGGGUGCCUCCACAGGGGAGGAACCGAUGCAGCCCGCUGCUCUGAGUGCUUCUUACGCCGAGGCUGGAAGCCUGAACUCAGAGGGAAAGGAAGAGAGAAUGGCACGGAUGCCACCCAGGGAGGGUUCCACCUGAGAAGGACUGAUGCUACGCGAAAGACAAGUUCUGUGUACAACAGCCAGCUGCAACCGCUUGGUUUACCAGUCUCUUUUUUCUCUGACACCUCAGUGGUCAUCCUUAGUUCGUUUGAAGGAGUGCUCACUAUGCUUAAUAAUAUGAUGACGAUAGUAAUAAUAAUAAUGAUAAGAAGUAUCUCUGGUCACAGGAAACAAGAUUCUGUUUCAUGAAGAAGAUGAAAACAACUGGGCUAUUGUUAAAAACCACCCAAGAGAACACCAUAGACCAAUGAGUAGAAUCAAUAAGAACGUGAUCCUGGCCCUUUUAACACUCACGAGUUCUGCAUUUCUGCUGUUUCAGCUGUACUACUACAAGCACUAUUUGUCAGCAAGGAAUGGAACGGGUUCAUCAAAAUCCAAAGGAAAUCGAGUUGGAUUUGAUAGCACACAGUGGCGUGCAGUUAAGAAAUUUAUUAUGCUGACAUCCAGCCAAAAUGUGCCAGUGUUCCUUAUUGACCCUUGGAUUCUGGAAUCAAUUAAUAAAAACUUUGAACAAGUGAAAAAUACUUCUCAAGGCCCGGCUUCAGAAUGCAGAUUUUUCUGUGUUCCAAGAGAGUUUACUGCAUUUGCACUGCAGUAUCACCUGUGGAAGAAUGAGGAUGGCUGGUUUCAGAUAGCUGAGAAUAUGGGGUUUCAAUGCCUAAAGAUCGAAAGCAAAGAUCCUCGGCUAGAUGGAAUAGACUCACUUUCUGGAACGGAAAUCCCUCUGCACUAUGUCUGCAAGCUGGCCACUCAUGCCAUCCACCUGGUAGUCUUUCAUGAGAGGAAUGGCAACUACCUCUGGCAUGGUCACCUACGACUCAAAGGACACAUGGAUAGGAAGUUUGUUCCUUUUCGAAAGUUACAGUUUGGUCGUUAUCCUGGAGCCUUUGACAGGCCAGAGUUACAGCAAGUUACUGUUGAUGGACUAGAUAUGCUUAUUCCAAAAGACCCAGGGCACUUUCUGGAAGAAGUACCGCACUCCAGGUUUAUUGAGUGCAGGUAUAAAGAAGCUCGGGCGUUCCUUCAGCAGUACAUUGAUGAUAAUACUGUGGACGCUAUGGCCUUUCGAAAGAGGGCAAAGGAGUUACUGCAACUGGCAGCCAAGACGCUGAAGGAGCUGGGCGUGCCCUUCUGGCUGAGCAGUGGGACUUGUCUAGGAUGGUAUCGGCAGUGCAGUAUUAUUCCUUAUAGCAAAGAUGUCGACCUAGGAAUUUUUAUACAACAUUACAAACCUGAUAUUAUUUUGGCAUUUCAGGAUGCAGGACUUCCACUCAAACACAAAUUUGGGAAGGUGGAAGACAGCUUGGAGCUAUCCUUCCAGGGAAAAGAUGAUGUGAAACUUGAUAUUUUUUUCUUCUAUGAAGAGACUGACCAUAUGUGGAAUGGAGGCACGCAGGCCAGAACAGGAAAAAAGUUUAAGUAUCUGUUUCCCAAGUUCACACUGUGCUGGACUGAGUUUGUAGACAUAAAAGUGCAUGUUCCGUGUGAAACAGUUGACUACAUUGAAGCCAACUAUGGUAAGACCUGGAAGAUCCCUGUCAAGACAUGGGACUGGAAGAGCUCACCCCCGAAUGUGCAGCCCAAUGGGAUCUGGCCUAUUUCAGAGUGGGAUGAGGUUAUCCAGCUAUACUGAAACACUAAGCUCAGUGGGACAUUUCCCAGGAAGAAGGCGGGGAACUGUUUAAGCCACUACUGGUUUUUACCUGAUGUGAGAAACCUGAUGUGUGCCAAAGAAGAGAAACGACAAGUUGGAAGACAGAAAAGGUUUUCUGACUCAUGGGCCAUCUAAUUAGUUCUGCCCUUCAGCAUUUACUGGGGAGUUUAUACACCAGGUGAGAUACUAGGAGCUGGUGAAUGAGCAAAUGCUGGCCUCUCUCUUGUCCUGUUGGUAAGCACUGCAAUUUUCUCUUGAAGGAAAUUUACUCAUCCUCUGAAGAGCUGGUGUAUAAUAUGAUGGAUUCAUAUUGAUAAAUGAUAAGCAAUGUUUAUACUGGAAAGUGAGCUCAUCAGCUGAAGCUUACAAGGGAUACGUUAGUUAAGAAUAAUUCACUCCUGCCUAUCCUCAGGAUUUCAGCUGCUGCGUCAGUGCUGCUUUUGAGGUUGUGGAAUAUGAGUUAACAUUCCAGAGAGUGAUUAGACUUUGUCUUGCAGAGAAAA